AUGAAGUGGGCAAUGCUGGCAUGCCGUCUCUGGGUGAGAACACUAAGGCCGAAAGCACACUCCUUUGAGCCGGCUGAUCCUGACUGUGAGCAGAGAUCCUCACUUGAGGCCCGCUGCCGCUUCUACGGAGUCCUCGCUAUAUGCAGGAAGCUGCUCGAUAGUAGCAUGAUCGCUAUACCAAUUCUUGAAGAGAAUGUCUAUCUGUCGCUUCAGAACAGAGCUCUUGCUCCAUUAUGCGAGGACUUCAGUGAGCUUCAUUGUUGCUCCCUUCUCCAUAACAUUCUGGAGUCUGUGGGCGGCGCCAACUCGGGACAAGCAUCGUUCACCCAUUUCAACUCAGCCGUUCCUUAUUCCAUGAACUUGCUGCUAUGCGGGACCAUCCAAGAACAUCUACACACUGGCGGAAUAGACGUUGCUACCGCGGCUAUCGAGGCUUCAUACGAUCUCCCAGGCAAAGGAUUACCUGGCUCAUUGAUAUCGCAAAUGAGUCCCCAUGACACCACCAUACUCAUACCCUACCUGGAACAAACACGCUCAUGCUCCAAUAAGCCGGAACAGACUGACGACGUGGCGGGCCUAUCAGCUGGGCUGGUGGUGGAGGGAGUUGGCUGUAGGCUCAGAUCCGGGUUUUGCAAGUGGUUGAAAUCCCCAGAUGGAACCGCAUUCCGCGAGAAGCUUCACCUGAAUUUGCGCGGUCCACAAACUGGUCUGCAAUUCUUCUGGAGUUUCUUUGCACUGCUCGGUGUGGCACGACAUCUUGAUCCUGCCGCUGUGAGUGAUCAUACUGAUGAGGUAAUGCUUACCGCUUUUGAGGAUAUCAUGGCUGAUGGCAACGCUGAUACACGACUUGGGUUGCUGGAGAAGAUGAUCCAUCCCAUGAAACUGGCGCUCCAACGACUUCCCAAUCAGGAGCUUAUGGUCUCACACUGGACAUACCUGAA